UUCUGAUAGCAUCUGUGCAGCCCUACCUUUUCUCUGAUUGCUCUGCACCGUUGUUUGUUCUUUUUCAGAGACAGGCAUUGAUUAUGCACAUUCUUGUGAGGGCGACUUUCUUUCUUUUGAUUUUUAGACAUACUUUAGCAGAUGUGGUUGUAUUAACUGAUGCAAAUUUUGACGAUCUGGUGGCGGGCGAGAGGCGGUGGAUCAUCGACAUCUAUGCACCAUGGUGCAAGCAUUGCGUAGCACUGGAGCCUGUAUGGAUAGCCUUGGCCGAACGUCUGGACGGGCGCGUCAUGGUUGGCAAGGUGGACGGCACGAAGGAGAAGGGUCUUAUGAAGCGUUUCUCAGUUGAGGCAUUCCCCUCCGUAUUUCUAGUGGAGGGUGCAGAGACACGCGCAUACACGGGACUUCGUACCCUUCAAGAGCUGGAGAGCUUUGCUUUGACAGAAUAUCUUGAUGUCAAGCCCGUGCCAUUCUACAAAUCACCAACUUCUUUGUUUGGCCGAGCUUUUGCCAUCUUUGUGAGACUGCCAGCCAAAUUCAAGAUCCUCGUCAAGUAUCUUCACGAGGAGAAGAAGUACAGCGCCCUUGUCAUUGUCGCGGGGAUCUUGGGGGUACCUCUCACUCUAGGUGUUCUUUUUGUGUACCUCCUAGACGUGUUCUUUGGCGCAGCUGAAAGAAGGAGGGCCCAUCACCGGCACCGAGACUAGGCUGGAGUCCUGGAGAGCCAAAUGAGCUCUCAAGGGGUCACAUCCUCUGGGCAUGGCAUGCAUGUUCGCAGAUGGCAUGACAUCAUGUGGGCUUUACACCGUGUUGAUGGCAAAGAAUAUUUUGCCAGGCUAUGCCCUUGGCCUCAGUAAGACUGUCCAGACUAGCUCCGCAUCUGUCAAGUAAGUCUCUUAAUCGGGACGCUUGAGUCAUUGCCAGUGGCUGCACGCAACACCAUGCAAAUAUUCUUUUUCAAAAAUUAUAAGGCCGGCAUUCUGAUCAGAGCGGAAACGGCUGGCGAAGUUGACAUGUCCAACAAUGAAAUGUCUUGUCCCUGUCCUUUUGCAAUGUUGGGUAAGCAUAUGGCAGC